AUGAUUGGAUUUGUGACACCUGUCAUUUUGCUCAUCCGUUGCACGCGUGUCAGGAUGCUCAUCAUCAGAAGACUGACCCCUGUAGACCAAGCUUAUCCAUUCCACACUGUGACGCAACGUGAGGAUGGAAAGACAUAUAAGCGGCCCCUUCGUCUUGACUUCUCAGUCAUGUGCAUCUUCGAUGACCUCUCCAGUAUGCAGACCGCUGUCAAACCCGUAGUGAUCGAGUACGAGGUGCGCAUCUGCGAAAAGGAAGAGUACAUCAACGUCGACGCUUCUAGUGAAAAGUCCCCGAUGGAGACGCUCGUCGGACCUCCCGCUUACGAAGCCAGACCACGCUCGGUGGUGACCAUCAACACAGCUGCUCGCGUCAAAACCAAUUUUUUCAGCCGCGUGUUUUCUCGCAACCACAAAAAGUCACCGCGCUCUGCCAAGGAGCUGCCCAGCUACCGAGAGGCUGAGCUCGUACAGGCGUGGGCCAAGGUCGGCAUCGAUAUCAACGAUCGCAAGCAGGGUCCCCGACCCAAGUGUACACCGCAAGAGCUGCUUCAGGCUAUGGACGGUCUGUUCGGCACUCGUUCCGUUCUCAAGGCUGCUUGA